AUGAGGAUCCGUCCUCAGCUGGCCCGGGAGAAGAUCGAGGGAUGUCACAUCUGUACGUACGUGAUGCCCGGGGAGCCGCAGGUGAUCCUGGGGAAGGACAGGUCCUUCACCUACGACUACAUGUUCGACAUGGACUCCCAGCAGGAUACCGUGUACUCCGAUUGCACGGAGCAGCUGAUCGAGGGCUGCUUGGAGGGCUACAACGCCACCGUGUUCGCUUACGGACAGGUGACUACGGCAUCGGGAACCAAGUGCUUUGCGUGUCGCUCAGCUGCAGAGAGAGACAAAUGGAUCGAGAACCUGCAGAGAGCUGUCAAGCCCAACAAGGACAACAGCAGGAGGGUGGACAAUGUGCUCAAACUGUGGAUCAUCGAGGCCCGCGAGCUUCCAGCCAAGAAACGCUACUAUUGCGAACUUUGUCUGGACGACAUGCUGUACGCACGCACCACCAGCAAACCCCGCACCGACACCGUUUUCUGGGGAGAGCACUUUGAGUUCAACAACCUGCCAGCUGUCCGCAACCUACGCCUUCAUCUAUACAAGGAGACAGACAAGAAGAGACGCAAGGAAAAGAGCACAUACUUAGGACUGGUCAGCAUCCCCAUCUCGAGCAUCACUGGACGUCAGUUUGUGGAGCAGUGGUACCCGCUCAUCCAGCCCAGCGUCCUCACAAAGGGAGCCGGUGGGGGGGGCGGGAAGAUCAUCAACGCAUCCCUACGCCUCAAAUCACGCUUCCAGACCAUGAACAUCCUGCCCAUGGAGCUGUAUAAGGAGUUUGCAGAGUACGUCACCAAUAACUACCGCACCCUGUGUGCUGUGCUGGAGCCCGUGCUGAGUGUGAAGAGCAAAGAGGAAGUGGCCUCUGCGUUGGUGCAUAUACUGCAGAGCACAGGGAAGGCUAAGGACUUCCUGUCAGACAUGGCGAUGUGCGAGGUAGACAGAUUCAUCGACCGAGAACACCUUAUCUUCAGAGAGAACACUCUGGCCACCAAAGCCAUAGAAGAGUACCUCAAACUGAUCGGACAUAAGUACCUCAAGGACGCUAUAGGGGAGUUCAUAAGGGCCUUGUAUGAGUCAGAGGAAAAUUGCGAAGUGGACCCCAUGAGAACCCCACCCUCCGUGCUCCCAGACCACCAAGCCAAUCUCCGAAUGUGCUGUGAACUAGCACUCUGCAAGAUCGUUAACUCCCAUUGUGUUUUCCCUCGAGAGCUAAAGGAAGUGUUUGCCUCGUGGAGAGUGCGUUGUGCAGAGAGAGGUCGGGAAGACAUCGCUGACCGUCUCAUCAGUGGUUCUCUCUUCUUGCGCUUCCUGUGUCCUGCCAUCAUGUCCCCAUCGCUCUUCAACCUCACCCAGGAGUAUCCCGACGAACAGACGUCUCGCACACUCACCCUUAUCGCCAAAGUAGUGCAAAACCUGGCUAACUUCUCCAAGUUUGGCAAUAAAGAAGAGUACAUGGGUUUCAUGAAUGAGUUUUUAGAGAUGGAGUGGGGCUCCAUGCAGCAGUUUCUGUAUGAGAUCUCCAACCUGGACAGUGUGAGCAAUGCGGGCGGCUUUGAGGGUUACAUCGACCUGGGCAGGGAGCUGUCCAUCCUGCACAGCCUCCUCUGGGAGGUCAUCGCUCAGCUCAGCAAGGAUGCAAUCAUCAAACUGGGUCCUUUGCCCCGCCUCCUGAAUGACAUCAGUAUGGCCUUGCGUAACCCUCACCUCCAGAGGCAGCCUAGCCAUCAGACAGACAGGGUGGUGGAGCGGCAGGCCGACAGGCUGCUGUCCCGGCCCAGCUUCAACAGGGGCAUCUCGUCCGAGUUCCAAAAUCUCAUGAUGAGGGAUCUGAAUAGCUCUAUAGAUAUCACUCGCUUGCCUUCCCCCACCUCCACCGGAGGGGUCAUGCCAUCCCGCUCCCAGAUGAAUUUCCAGGACCGUGACCACCUCCAUCGAGUGCCCUCCAAAGACAUGUUUUACGUAUCCCGUCCUCCCCUGGCCCGAUCCAGCCCGGCCUACUGCACGAGCAGCUCGGACAUCACAGAACCAGACCCUAAGUCGGUGGAAAUGCUCAACUCCUCCCAGGCCUCCAUCGCCGGCAUGGGCAGCUUCGGGGGGCUGAGCAGCGGAGGCGGUGGCGGCCUGGGGUCCGGCCUGAGCAGCCAGCUGCGGGCCGGUGGGAGGUUGUCAGCUGGCUCUGGCGGCUCCAGCAUGUCCGGCGGCCUCCGGCUGAGCCAGCUGAGCCAGAUGGGCAACACCACCGACUCGCUAUCCCAGCAGCAGCAACAGCAGGCCGCCGCCAUGCGCUACCCGCUUUCCUUCCAGAAUCCCCUCUUUCAUCUGGCGACUGCUGACGGGCCCCAGCAGCCACAGCUCCACCACCAGCACAGCCGGGCUCCACCUCCAGCGCCGCUGCUCCUGACCCCAGAGCCCGACCCCUCUCACCCGAACUACAUGCCACAGUUCGCCCACGGGGGGUUCUCUCGCAGCGAGGACCUGUCCACCCUCAGGACCAGGGACGGUCACCUGGGCCAACCCAGCAUCAUCCACUCUCACAGCUACAGCGACGACUACAGCAGGGCCGACUACGGACGCAGGCAGAUGUCCAUGCAUGCGCAGGAUAACCUCCAACCACAACAACAAAUGAUGGGUAUGGCCAACCAGACAGGAACCUCCCACUCCUCCCUGGCCGCCACGCCCCCCACCACAGUCCUACCCAUGCGCCAGAGUUCUGUGGCCCCGCCUCCCACCCAGCGCGUCAGGUCCCAGACAUCCCACCAGCUGUCUGUCAGUGCGGCAGCUGCACCUGCUGCUCUGGCAAAGACUCGGCCGCCGAGCGGGAACCUCCUCCAGUCGCCGGAGACGGGCUACGCCGGCAGGCAGCACGGGCCCCGGCAGCUGUCCGUCAAAGACAACACCGCCCCGGGCCUGCCCCACCAGCAGAGCUCUGUCAGGGAGAACCAGAGUCCGCAGGGAACCACCACUCAGAGCGCUCAACAGUCACCACAGCAACAGUCUCAGCACCUGCUCAAACCCACCAUGAGCAAACAGGGCUCCCAGACUCCAUCCACUCUCAAUCCCCCCACCCCAGCCAAUGAGCGAACAGUGGCCUGGGUCUCCAACAUGCCUCAUCUGUCGGCUGACAUUGAAAGUUCGCGGAUUGACCGUGAAGAAUUCAAGCUGAAGGAGUACUCAAAGAGCAUGGAUGAGUCACGCAUGGACAGGGUAAAGGAGUACGAGGAGGAGAUCACCUCCCUGAAGGGCCGCCUGGUGAUGUCCCACCAAAAGCUGGAGGAGUACGAGCGGAGGCUCCUCACGCAGGAGCAGCAGACCAAUAAGAUCCUCCUUCAGUACCAAAAUCGACUGGAUGACAGUGAGAGGAAGCUACGGGCACAGCAAGUGGAGAAAGACUCCCAAAUUAAAGGAAUAAUUAGCAGACUCAUGGCUGUGGAGGAUGAGAUAAGGGGAGGACCCAUGAUUGAGACAAAAACCAGGAUUUUCCCUGAUCAGGAAAACCAGCUUUCCUCCCUGGGUUACGCAGACCCCGGUGUGAGGACUGAAGGUGGAGGGGGAGGUGGAGGAGGAGGAGCGCUAACCGACGAUCAAGGCCUCCGAGUUUCUUCCUCGGGCAUUUCCUCUGACAGCUCGCCCCACAAUGGAGUCCUCCCCCAAACUGUAGACCCUCCCCCUCUACCCACUCCUCAUCAACAUCCUAGUCAGAAUGGAGAGCUCCCUGGCAACCAAACAUCCUCCCCCAUGACAACCUCACAGGCAACUGGAACCACGGCAACAGCAGCUACAGUCAUAGCAGAAGAAGUGGGACCACUCUCAAAGCUUCAUGGAGGACAAUGUGGAACGUAAAUGGCUGAUGCACCAUCGGCAGUCCGCAGGGUGGCAUAGCCAAAUGUCCAGAGCCCUCUCUCGUGACGCGAUUGGCUGACAAAGGGAGAACUUGGGGCAUUGGUCCCAUUCUCUUUUCUCAAAGGAUGGUGCAGAGCCCCAGCGGACCAUGUAAGGAAAUGCUGGGUUUCUUUUUUCUUUUUUUUUUUACUUUACUUGGAUUCUCUCUCUCUGAUUUGAUAACAAGAUUUUUUUAAAUGUGUUUGACACCUCGGGUUGGAUCUACAAUUCACUUUUUAAAGGUAGGCUGGACACAUAUUGGUGUUUGUUAGCCUGCUGAGCAUGCAAAGAACAGCUAUGCACUCUGAUCGAGCAAAACGGAGGAACACAAAGGCCAAGGAAGGCGUGAUGCCCAAAAAUGAGAGAGAGGGGAGGUGUAUUGUGGGUAAGAUGUAUUUCAAAGGUGCUUGACUUCUCUUAACAUUUCAGUCAAAGUUGAUUUACUUUAAGAGCAUUUAUUUCUCUCAAUCUAUCUCUCUCAUAGUCUUUUCAAAUUACCCUUUGACUCCUCUUCAUCUACUCACUCUUUAUCUAUCAAGGAUUCUCAAAGCAUUAUUUAACCACUUUAUUUUACUCCAGUUCAGACACACUUGGUCUCUUUCUUUAUUCAUAGUUUUAGCUUUUCCGUUGGAUCUCUUUCAGACUUUGAGUUAAGAGGAAACUAAAUAUGCACAGCCUAAUACAACAAAUGAAACUGCUUCAGAACAAAACUCUUGCUUCAAUGAAGACUUUGAAAAACCGGACAGAAUGUUAUUAUUUAUAUUUCUAUGAUAUUGCAUAUUCUUACAAUAGUAUUUAAAAAGAACUCUUCGUCAGAAAUCUUCCCGGAGCAGAUGUUUAUUUCUUGGAAGUUAUCUAAUGGAAGUUCAUAAAUAAUCCAUUUUAUAUGAAGCAAGUAUUCUUACUCAGACAAUCUUGUGGAGAGUAUCGUUGCCCUAAAGGACUGUGAAGAAAGGGACAAACUUGUGUUUUACCUACUCCCCUCGCAGCAGUUUGCACGUUGCUGUGACCUGUGCCCCCCCCACCCCCCCUUCCUGUUGGUUAUAAUCAUUCAAAACAAAAAAAGUGGACGGAUGUUUCUCGCCCAACAAUCGCCAUGGAGCUCUCCAUUUACGGACGAUGUGAAAGUCUUUGGAUGAGGACAUUCUUAUUGUUUUGUACUCCACUUUCGACUAUCUUUCUGUAGAGUUUAACCGAGCAGAGGAUAACAUCUUGGUUUCAGUGUGGCCUCAUUUCUGCAGUCUGCUGUAAAACUCUCCAUUCAUUUCCAUGGAUGGACCCCACUGACACGAGUUAAAAUCCCUGCCACUCGCACUUAUGACUGAACCGACGACAGAGAGAGAUAUGUUAGAGGUCCUGCUGAAACGAGUGAAUGUGUUUGUACAUAAUUGAGUGUACUGGCUAAAUCUUUGUGUAUAUACUGGAUAAAUGUGUAUAUAUGGUAUGUCCAUGUGUAUAUACAGUUUGUUUGUAUAUGCAGAGUGUACAGUUAUUUUUCCUCUAAUAUUUCUCUCUCUUUCUAUGAAUAGGUCUCCUCAAGUUACCAAUACUGAGGCAUGGAAAGGUUUUUAAAUGUACUGAGCUAUCAGAGGCACUUAGUGCACAGACUUAAGAUAUCAGCAAGGUCUGUCACUUAGUUGCAUUCUUAAAGCUGUCAUA